AUGCGUCACUUACACGGCCUCGCGCUGGUCGCUUUGGCGGGCCUCACCACUCUUUCCACCGCGACCGACAUCGUUUACGUGACCGACCUCGAGAUCUAUACGCUUCUGGCGCCAUGUGUUGCCAGCGCCAUCUCAUACGAUGUCUUCGCCCUCACCUACUCGUCGACAGUUUGCGGCGAUGAUGAGACCAUGUUGCAAUCCUGCGUCUGCUCAAACACGGCAAGAUUCGGCGACAUCUACUCCUCGAUUUCCACCGAUGUGACGUACAGUUGCGGUACAGCUGCCACAGACGACCUAUCGAGUGCUUCAAAAGUGAUGGACCAAUACUGCAACCAGGAAUCCAUGACCGUCACCUUCUCGUCCCCAACGACCAACAUCGUUCACGCAUAUAUCACAGACCUGCCAGAGAUGGCCUACAUGCCUCCGUGCGCGCAGUCUGCAGUGUCUGAGGCCGUAAUGGGAGCGGGAGCGUACAACUGCCCCGAAGCGGCCGAGCUAUUCGCGCCUUGUGUUUGUAGCAAGAGCGAGGUUGUGAGUGCGAUCAGCGACACACUUCGACAGUCUGUGAAGUACUCGUGUUCCAACAACCAAGACGUCACCACCGCCCAGAGCUUCUACAAUGAAUAUUGUGCCAUGAACAAGGGAACCACGUCCUUUGCAACGCCAGAUGGACCCCCGGGAGAUAUGACAUAUUACAUUACCGCCCUACCACAGUUCAAGUCUCUACGCAACUGUGCCCAGAGCGCCGUCUCAGUCGCCAUUCUCAGUCAAACCUCCUGGCUCUGCGGCAGCGGACCACAAGAAUUAGCUUCUUGUGCAUGCCUCAAAUCGGGCAUGUCAAACUACAUUUCCAGUGUCCUAACCGAGAGUGUAAAGUAUGCCUGCUCCAACACCGCCACAGCCGAUAUGACAUCCGCCGUUGCAGCUUGGGACUACUAUUGCAGUGCGGCAGAGAAAAAGGUUGUGGCCACAGUGCGCGAGUCGGUUGCUCCGACAUAUCAAACUGCCAGUGUCGGGGCUGAGUCAACUGCUGUAUCGCGAACAGCGUCUUCCAGUGCUUCGGAAACCCUCGACUCCGGUUCCUCAGGAAACAGCAGUUCCUCUGGCGACAGCAAGGAUGAGUCCAAGGAUAAAUCUAAGGGCGUGGGUAUUGUCCCGAUUGCAGGCGGCAUCGCUGGUGUAGUAGCUGUGGCCGCAAUUGGCCUCGGUCUCUUUUUCUUCUGGCGAAAGAAACGCCGCCAACAAAUGAAGGGAGAGCAGAUCCCGUCAGGUGGCGAUCAACACCACGAGUACAACGGCAAGCCGGAGCUGAUGGGAGAUACUCAUCUCGCGCCUGGUAUGGGCGAUCACAAGACAAACUACGGCCCGUCCGAGUUGUCGGGACAUGGCUCUCCCCGACCUGAGUUAUACGGUGGUAUGAAGCCUGGGGUCGCGGAACUGCCGCCAAACUAUCCGAGCAAUCCCGAUAUCAAGGGAUACCACGCUCCUCCAAAUGCACAAUACUGCCAUCCGUCGCCUCAGGCUGGGUACGCGCCGUCGCCGGUAACGCCUCACGAGCUACAAAGCCCUGGUGGGUAUGCUUUCCAGCCUUCGCCGCAGGCACCGCAUGGACAACAGGUGUACGAGUUCCCAGCGCACCCGUCGCCGGCCGCGCAGAGGCCGAACGGUCAGCAAAACCCGGCAUGGCAAUCUGGGCCAGUGGAAUCAUACGAGCUAGACUCUAAUGUUGGUCGGUGGGCAAAAUAG